UCACCAGAAUUGUAACCAUGCCUGAACCAGCAGUGAAAGCAGCCAAGAAGGGAUCCAAGAAAGCGGUGACUAAGACCGCCGGCAAGAAGGACAAGAAGAGGAGAAAGACCAGGAAGGAGAGCUACGCCAUCUACGUCUACAAGGUGAUGAAGCAGGUCCACCCCGACACCGGCAUCUCCUCCAAGGCCAUGGGCAUCAUGAACUCCUUUGUGAGCGACAUCUUUGAGCGCAUCGCCGGUGAGGCCUCCCGUCUGGCUCACUACAACAAGCGCUCCACCAUCACUUCCCGGGAGAUCCAGACCGCCGUGAGGCUGCUGCUGCCCGGGGAGCUGGCCAAGCACGCCGUGUCUGAAGGCACCAAGGCCGUCACAAAGUACACCAGCUCCAAGUAAACCGUCCUGCUUCCGAAAUCCCACCAAACCAACGGCUCUUUUAAGAGCCACACAAGUCUUCUUUAAGAGCAAAGCUUCUUUUAAUUAUGUUUAAAUGAAAGUUAUGUUAUAAUAUAACCAUAGAUGUUAUGUUAGUUGUUUUGUGACGGGAAAAACGGCUACGGGUGUGGUGUACUUGACUUACAAACUAUAGUGGUUGAGCCGUGCGGUUCCGGCACUGGAAGCCCGUGUUUCUUUAUUUCAUAGUCAAACCUGAGUCUCACAAUAUAAUAAAACAUAGGUUACAUUC